UGUUAAUUAUUAUCAUUGUUAUCGAUGUCCUAAUAAAUAAAGUUGGUUACAAUAAUUAUUGAUUUAUAUUGUCUGUGAAUAAUUAAAAUUUCAAAUAUUUAACUGAUGUAAUUAAUGCAUUAACGUAAGAUUAUUAAUUUAAAUAAUAGUGUAAAAAUAAUAUCGCGAUGGCGCGAGUGCUUUCGACGACAAACGUCAUCAUUAAGCACAAAAAUUUGCCUGACUUUUUAUUCAUUCAUUUAGUCAUUUAGUGUAACGACCUGACUUAGACAUCAAAUAAAAAUCCAUUGUUCGUGGACCAGUUUUAUUAUUUUUCCAACUUUUAAGUUCGGGUGUUAGUAAAAAAUCUAAACGUCAGAUUUUUAUUUUAUUAAUAUAAAUUACGUCUGUUGUUUUGUUUUUAUUUUUUAAAAAAUGAAGAGAACGAAGUCAAAUUUUUUUAAUGAUCUCUACAAUCAACCGUACGAUUACAAUUCAAGAGUUCGACUUUAUAACAGCAGUAAAGCGAGUUUAGAGCUGGUGCAGCGAAUGUCACUUUUAAAACGUCUUAAAGUACACAAUGGAUGCGUUAAUUCAAUAUGUUGGAAUAAUAAUGGAGAGUUGAUACUCUCUGGAAGUGAUGAUCAACAUCUAGUCCUUACCAAUGUUUAUAAUUAUAAGGUUUUAAAAGACUACAAAACUAGUCAUAGGGCAAAUAUAUUUAGUGCCAAAUUUUUGCCAAAUAAUGGUGAUCAUCGUAUCGUAUCCUGUAGUGGAGACGGAAUGAUUCUAUAUACAGACUUAAUGAGAACAUCUGAGACUUUUCACAAUCAAUUCACGUGUCACAAUGGUACUACUUAUGAAAUAGCAACUGUUCCUGGUGAACCGCACAGUUUUCUUAGUUGUGGAGAAGACUGUACUGUUAGAUAUUUUGAUCUUCGUGUAAAAUCCUCCUGUAAUACGCUUAGAUGUAAAGAGGAUAUAUUAAUCUUAAGACAAAGGCCAGUGACUGCCAUGUCCAUAAAUCCUACGAUGCCACAUUAUUUAGCAAUUGGAUGUUCCGAUAGUUCUGUCGGGAUUUAUGAUCGUCGGAUGUUGAGCAUUGGCGAGAGAAAUUGGACUGAUGAAAAAAGUGUAAAUUGGACGUCUCCGGUUUCAGUUUUCACAGUACCAGAAUUUGAAGGCCAUCCAUGUAGAAUAACGUCCUUGUGUUACAGUCCCGAUGGCAAUGAUGUGCUCGUUAGCUACAGUAGUGAUCAUAUUUAUUUAUUUAGUGCAAAGAAUCAAGGGAGCGUCUGUUUAAAAAAAGAUUCCAUGUUUGAGAAGAGUAAAAAUAAAAGACCGCCAGUGCGAUCUCCCCAGCCUGUCCGUAGAUUAAGAUUACGGGGAGAUUGGUCUGACACUGGUCCAGACGCUCGCCCAGAGCGUGAAGGUGGACGUCGUAGUGGUGAAAUAGCACAAGCGCGGCCUAUGUUACACACAUCGUUGAUGCAAAGGAUGACCGACGUUCUCAGUAGGAUGUUGAAUGAUCCAGCCACGCGCGCUGCCUUAAGCGGUGACGGGGGUGACAAUAUCCAAGGAGUCAUUGAUCAGCAUACGGAAAAUCAACAAGCGGAAGAAUCCAAUGAAAUAAAUGAGGAGAGAAGCAACGAAAUGCAAAUUAUGGACACAGAAUCAAAUUAUCAAGCAUUAGUAGAAGACAGCCAAGACAACAUGGAAAUCAGCGAAGAAAAUAAUUUCAGUUCAAAUCCAGAGUCUUUGGGUGCUAAUGAACUUGAACAAAGUUCAAGUAUAAAUAACUCUGAACCCGUAGACGAAAUAAAUAUAAUAAAUGACCAGUCUGAACAUAAUUCUAUUUCUAUAAAUAAUGGAACGAAUCAAACAGAAAAUCUAAUUCAGUCGCAUGUCUCUCCGCGUUUGCCGCACGAUAAAAUUGCGAGGAAUCAAAUAGCGGAUGGUGAUAAUACUCAUAGUGAUGGAGGCAAUGAUGAAAAUUACAAUGACGCUGAUGAUAAUUCGAUGACUGUCGACAGUACGAGAGACGAAACUAUGAUGGAGAAUUUGCAGGAUCGAUUGACUUCGAUGAGAGAUGGAUUUUUAGAAAAACAUGGCAGUGAACCUGCAGUAAGUUUAACUUACUCUGAUAAAAGCUCUACUGGUGCAACGAUAUCCUUAGGCGUAGGAAAUGAAGUUGUACGAGACAGUUAUCAUCCAGGACCAUCCGGCAGUCAAAGUUUAAAUUCUAAACUAGUUACAACCACGAUACCAUCAAGUAGUUACGAUAAUAAGUCAAUAUUUAAUAAUAAAUACGAUCAUGUAGAAGUAGAGGAAGAAGACGUUUACACCGAUAGUGAUGAUGAAGAAACGGAAAUGUCAAAAAAAAGAAGAGAAAUAAAUCCAAUUGAGGCGGAAAUGGAUGAGGCUGUGGCAAACGCACGUGCUUCGUUAGGCUGUGAUCAAUCAUAUGACGUAGACGCAUCCAAAGAAUUUCAUGUAAGACAAAAAUACAUGGGUCACCGCAAUGCUAGUUUCUUUAGGACUAUGAUCAAAGAAGCAAAUUUUUGGGGCAACGAUUUCGUCAUGUCGGGCAGUGACUGCGGUCAUGUUUUCAUUUGGGAACGAGAGACAGCGAAACUUUGUAUGCUCCUAGAAGCUGAUCAGCAUGUUGUCAAUUGUCUUCAACCACAUCCAUAUUUACCGAUGCUUGCAACCUCGGGAAUUGAUUAUGAUGUUAAGCUCUGGGCGCCAGUAAAUGAAGAGGCGCAUUUUGAUACGAGUUUUGCAGAAGAUCUUCAAAAACGGAAUGCGGUUAUGCUUGAAGAGACCAAAGACACAAUCACAGUACCAGCUGUAUUUAUGAUAAGGAUGUUGGCUUGCCUAAACCAAAUUCGAGGACGUGGUCGAAGGAGAAGAAGUGGUAACGAAGCCGACGAAUUAAGAGGAGGAUAGAAAAAAAUUAUUUUUUUAUUUUUUUGUUGUGAUAUUUCCUCAAAGUUUUUAAUAAUUUAUAUGAUAUAAUUAUUGACAACGCUAUUUUUCAGGUAGAUAUUUAAAUUAUCGCAUAAUUCACUGAUUUAUUAAAAAAUAUAUAUAGUCAAAAAAUAAUGUAUGGAUAUCAGGAUAUUUUUAAACCUUUUCGUACACAGAAAAAAAGGAUUUUUUGGUGCAAAAAAAUUUUCAUUAUGAAAUAAAGACGAAAAUUUUCUUAGGACUAGAAAAAAUUUCUUGGCUCAAGAGAAUUUUUUUCUCACAAUAAAUUUACUUCCCGAGGUGUGUAAUAUACUAUUUUGAGUGAGAAAAAUUUUUCAUUAGGAAAUAGAGACAAAAAUUUUCCUAUGGCUAAAAAAAAUUUCAUGGCUCAAGAAAAUUUUUUCUUGCCUCAAAAAGUUUUUUCUUGACUCAAGAAAAAUUUUUCAGUAUGAACCACAAACGAAAAUUUUUUUAGGAAUAGAAAAAAUUUCUUGGUGCAAGAAAUUUCUUGGCUCAAGAAAUUUUUUUCUUGCCUCAAAAAGUUUUUUCUUGACUCAAGGAAAAUUUUUUAUUAUGAAAUUAAGACAAAUAUUUUUUUUUAGGACUAGAAUAAAUUCUUGACGCAAGCAAUUUCUUAGAUCAAGAAAAUUUCACACUAAAAAAUUUUAUCUUGUCUCAAAAAGUUUUUUCUUGACUCAAGAAAAAUUUCUCAUGAACUAAAGACGAAAAUUUUUUUAGGACUAAAAUAAAUUUCUUAGUGCAAGAAAUUUUUUGGAUCAUGAAAAUUUUUUCUUGCCUCAAAAAGUUUUUUCUUGACUCAAGAAAUUUUUUUUAUAAUGAAAUUAAGACAAAUAUUUUUUUCAGUGCUAGAAUAAAUUUCUUAACGCAAGAAAUUUCUUAGGUCAAGAAAAUUUCACACUAAAAAAUUUGAUCUUGCCUCAAAAAGUUUUUUCUUGACUGAAGAAAAAUUUCUCAUUACGAACUAAAGACGAAAAUUUUUUUAGGGCUAAAAUAAAUUUCUUAGUGCAAGAAAUUUCUUGGCUCAAGAAAAUUUUUUAUUGCCUCAAAAAGUUUUUUCUUGACUCAAGAAAAUUUUUUCAUUAUGAAAUUAAGACAAAAAUUUUCUUAGAACUAGAAAAAAUUUCUUGCCUCAAGAAAACUUUUUCUCGCCUCAAGAAAUUUUUUUUAAAUUCAAAAUGCAAAAAAUUUCUUAGGACAAGUAAAAGUUUUCUUGAGGCGAGUAAAAAUUUUUUCGCGCCGAAAAAUUCUUUUUUUCUGUGUACUAAUAUCGGAUAAUUUGCAUUUUAUCAAUUUAUCUUGUUUUGGAAUGUUAUAUAGUUUAGUGUAAUAAUUGAAUUGCAGCAUUGCUUGAUUUAUUCGUUUAGUAUAAAUUUCAUACAAUAUACAUGACAAAAUUUAUAAUCAUGCUCAAUUAAUUUCAUUGAUUAUUUUUUAUCUACUAAAACUCGUGCCUUAAAAAAAAACUUGUGCAUCUUGUUGUACCAUAGACAAUACAAUAAAAAAUUGUUUUGAUAUUUACAAUAAAAACAAUAAUAUUUAAAGAAUCAGUGAAAGAAGUUUUGUAUUGAAAAUCAAAUCUUACUUUAAAAGUGAAAAAAAUAACGCAAUAAAUUUAGAGUGCAAUAUUUAGAUUGAAGUACGUAGGUAUUAAUUAGUUGUAAUGAAUUAACAGUUAUCUGUAAUAUCUAUUAUAUUUUUUAAAGCAUAAGUUUUAACGCAAAAGCUAUACCUUGAUAGUUAUUUUUUGAAGUUAAAUCCAUUAAAAAUGUAUGAAAAUGAAUGUAA